AUGCAUCUUCUUAAACACUUAGUGCAUCGGUGUCCGCCAGUUCCCCAUCAGACCACGUCGCUUUCUUCCUCUUUAUGGCAGCAUGCUCGGUUUAAAACGCGAGGGCUCCCGGUGCGGUCCGGGUCGAAGCGGUUCGGCACGGCGGAGGCUUCUGUGAAGACGGGCGAUCCUGUCAGGACGAGAGCGAAAACCCUGACCAUGGCGACCUUAAACCCGCAGGUGAAAGCGGUGGAGUACGCCGUGAGAGGACCCAUCGUUACGAAGGCGGGAGACAUCGAGAGGGGGCUGCAGCAGGGAGAGAAACAGUCUUUCACUGAAGUCAUCAAAGCCAACAUUGGUGACGCCCAUGCUAUGGGCCAGCAGCCAAUUACCUUCCUCCGUCAGGUGUGCAGCCAACUAAUCUGCAGCAGCUCCUCUGUUCAUGUGUACAUGACAGCAGCAGACACCAUGGACUCAGUGGGCACCUGUCAGCGGCAGCAGCGGGUGGUGUGGACGGGGAGCCUCAGUAGUUGCUCUGCUGUUGACCCAUGUACUCCGCUUUCCCAUCCGCCGUUUAUCCCCCAAAACAGAGGCGGCUGCCCGCUUGUUAAUAGUUCUCUGUCUCCCAACCUCUGUUCUCCAGGUCAAGUGCAGAGUAAGAAGUGUAUAGAGGAGGUGCUCCACUUCGCCUAUGUGGAGAAUCUGUUAGUCAUGGCUGAUGAGGUUUACCAGGACAACGUGUACUCGCCAGACUGUCAGUUCCACUCCUUUAAGAAGGUCCUCUAUGAGAUGGGCCCUGAGUACUUUAACAAUGUGGAACUGGCCUCCUUCCACUCUACCUCCAAGGGCUACACUGGAGAGUGUGGUUUCCGUGGGGGAUAUAUGGAGGUGUUGAACAUGGAUCCACAGGUGGAGGCCCAGCUGGUCAAACUACUUUCUCUUCGCCUGUGCCCCCCCGUCCCUGGACAGGCAGCAAUGGACGUCAUUGUUAAUCCCCCCAAAGUGCACGAGCCCUCGUAUGCUCAGUUUAUUAAGGAGAAGAGCUCAGUCCUCAAUGUCCUGGCUCACAAGGCCAUGCUUACGGAGCGAAUCCUAAACUCAGUGCCUGGGAUCAAAUGCAACCCAGUCCAAGGAGCCAUGUAUGCCUUCCCUCAGAUCUUCAUUCCACCACGAGCAAUUCAGGAAGCCCAGUCCCUGUCUGUGGCUCCUGACAUGCUGUACUGUCUCAAACUGCUGGAGGAAACUGGCAUCUGUGUGGUUCCAGGAAGUGGAUUUGGCCAGAGGGAGGGAACCUUUCACUUCAGAAUGACCAUCCUGCCGAGCCCAGAAAAGCUAGAACUCCUCUUAGGGCAGCUGAAGGAAUUCCACCUCAGAUUCCUUGAAGAGUAUUCACAACAGGAUCAGAUCCCCAGAACCACCCAAGACCACCACAGGGAACCAUCAGACCAACCAGACAGACACUUCUAUUGA